GAUAAAGAAAAACAGAGUUUCCUUCUUAAUCCUUCAUCCCCAAAUCCCAAUCUCUGUCUCUUCCUCCCUCUCAGCUCUACCCCUCUCAUUCUCUCUGUUAGAAGAGAGAUAGAGAGAGAGAAACGAAAUCCAAACAAAAUCCAAUAAUGGGGGAAGCCAAACGCUACCUCAUUCUCUCUUUCCUCAUCUUCUUCCUCUCAAUCUCCCCAUCAUCACCGGCCACCUUCCCAGAUGACUUCUCCACCAUGCAAAAGCUAGCCAAUCUCCUCACCCCGACCCCACAAGGCUGGCUUUCCUCAACCGAUCCCUGCGGAAAUACGAAAUGGAGCGGCGUCGUCUGUUCGUCAGGCCGUGUCGUUUCCAUCAACAUCGCCUCCCAAUCCAUCAGCGGAACUCUGCCGUCCGAUCUCAACAAGCUCGCUGCCCUCAAAUCCCUCUCCCUUCAGAAAAACACGCUCUCGGGCUCACUCCCAUCCCUUGCCAACCUCAUCAAUCUCCAGGAGAUCUACCUCGACGGGAACCAGUUCUCCUCCAUUCCUCCUACGUUCUUCGACAACCUCCCCAGCCUCCAAUCCGUCAGUCUCGAUGGCAACCCUCUAUUACCAUGGUCAAUCCCCGACCUCUCCCAAUCAACCAGCCUUGCCAUGUUCUACGCUAGCAAUUCCAACGUCGUGGGUCCCAUCCCUGAUUUCUUCGGCUCUCUUCCAAGCCUUCAGUCUCUGCGGCUUUCUUACAACAACAUUACCGGCGGACUCCCCCAUACAUUCGCCACCUCCGGCCUCAAGAACCUCUGGCUCAACAACCAGAAGUCAACCACGAAGCUGGAGGGCCCCAUUGAUGUGCUUGGGUCGAUGACCCAGCUGUCACAGGUAUGGCUGCAGACCAAUUCCUUCACCGGGCCCGUCCCGGACCUCUCCAAUUGCACCUCGCUCUUUGAUCUGCAGCUCCGGGAUAACCGCCUCACGGGGGUUUUGCCGCAAUCGAUCUUCACGCUCCCUAGCUUGUUGAAUGUGUCAUUAGGCAACAACAAUCUACAAGGUCCGUUCCCGAGCUUUGCAUCGGCGGUGAAGGUUGACAAUGCCAUAACCAACAAUAACUUCUGUAAUGCCAAUGGGGGGCCUUGCGAUCCAAGGGUGACGAUGCUGCUCUUAGUUGCGGCGGGGUUUGGGUACCCAGAAACUCUCUCUGAUUCCUGGACGGGUGAUGACCCGUGCAGUGGGUGGUCAUUUGUAUCGUGCGAUCCGCAAGGAAAUGUCAUUGUUCUGAGCCUAGCAAAGCAGAAUUUGGUCGGGAGCAUCUCGCCUGCCAUCGCGAAUCUCACAUCGCUUAAAACAUUGAUCUUGAGCAACAACAAUCUCACAGGACCGAUCCCGAAUGGAUUGGCGGGUCUGUCCCAAUUGCAGACUGUUGACUUAUCCAACAAUAACCUCAUAGGGAAGGUGCCCGUUUUCAACCCGAGUGUGAAGUUGAACACGACUGGCAAUCCGCUCCUCGGAAGCAACUCAACCGGGGGUGGGGGCGGUGCGAGUUCUGGUGGGAGUGGGUCCAGUGCAUCUUCCCCAGAUGGAAGUCCUGGCGGCAAAUCGACCUCUUCAUUCUCUGUCGGAUUGAUUGUUGGGAUUGUUCUCGGUGUUCUUCUAAUUAUCGGUCUGUUAAUCUUCAUUUGCUGGAAGCGAUCAAAAUCUCGGCAGGGAAAGAGCUUCCUAAAUGGGCCGGAAACAAUGAAGCUGACUGCAACAGGAAUGAAUGGGAAUGGCGUGGUGACAAGCGAACUGAAUAGCUUAAGCAGCAGUGGGCAUAGCAACGCUAAUGUGUUUGCAAUCGGGAGCAUGGUUAUCUCAAUCAACGAUCUUCGCCUGGCGACGAACAAUUUCAGUGAAGAUAACAUUGUGGGCAAAGGUGGAUUUGGGGUUGUUUAUAAAGGGGUUCUCCAUGACGGGUCCCAGGUUGCCGUGAAGCGGAUGGAAUCCAGCGUAAUCAGCUCAAAAGGCACGAGUGAGUUCCAGGCAGAGAUUGCAGUGCUAACCAAGGUCAGACAUCGGCAUUUGGUUGGUCUCAAGGGUUAUUGUACGGACGGGAACGAGAAGCUUUUGGUUUAUGAAUACAUGCCACAGGGUACUUUGGGGCAGCAUCUCUUUGAAGGGGAAAAUCACGGCUACGAAAUACUUAGUUGGAAGCAAAGGCUUACAAUUGCAUUGGAUGUGGCCAGAGGGAUUGAGUAUUUGCAUAGCUUGGCUCAUCAGAGCUUCAUUCAUCGUGAUUUGAAGCCGUCCAAUAUACUUUUGGGGGAUGAUAUGAGAGCCAAGGUUUCAGAUUUUGGAUUGGUUAAGCUUGCUCCAGAUGGGAAGUACUCCAUGGAGACGCGGUUGGCCGGAACGUUCGGAUACCUUGCACCUGAGUAUGCAGCGACAGGAAAGGUGACCACCAAGGCCGACAUCUACUCAUUCGGUGUUGUCUUGAUGGAGAUGAUCACGGGGAGGAAAGUGCUGGAUGAUGCACAGCCUGAGGAAAAAGUUAAUCUGGUCACGUGGUUCCGCAGAGUUCUCAUCAGCAAGGCUGACAUGAAGAUCAAGGAUAUUGUGGACCCCACCAUUAAACCCGACGAGGACAAGGACGAGGACAAGGAAACGUUCAGCAGCAUCUUGAAUGUGGCGGAGCUCGCGGGCCACUGCACCGCCCGUGAUCCUACUCAGAGACCAGAGAUGGGCAAUGUGGUAAACAUUCUAUCUCCCAUGGUAGAACAGUGGAAGCCCGCCAGCCCCGACGAUGAAGAUGGCUAUGACGCUGAUGGCCACGAGGAGCCUCUCGCAGACCGAUUAAUGCGGUGGAGAGCCAAUGAAGGAACAUCCGCAAUGGGUGCGUCCAUGAUAGGCGGUGGCGGGCCUUACACCCACAUGACAAGCCUCGGGAGCACCCAAAGCAGCAUAGUCAUGGAUGCUGAUGGGAUUCCCAGGACCUUCAAAUCAAAGGACGCCCGAUAAAACACACACAAGAAUUUGAGGAACCAUUUCCCACCUCAUCCUAUCUUGUGAGUUUGUCAGUUAAAUUGGAUGGUGUGAUUGAAGAACAUGUUUGCCCUUUGACAAUUUACUGCUCUUCUUAUGUUUUCUCAUGAUCAUGUGUUUCAAGUCCUGAAACAGGAGAGCUUCCUUGUUGGGUUUGGAUUCUUUGCUGCAACACUAACAGAUUGGUUUUGAUGAUGGUAGAAGUAGAUGUAGAGAGAGAGAGAGAGAGAGAGAGAGAGAGGUAAUUGUAUGAUACUUUUACUGGAUGAGAGAUCUGUCUACCACUUGAAUUUAUAUUUGUAUUUUUUUUUUCUUUUGUUUAAAAGAAUGGUUAUUGGAUUGAAUUAUAGCAAGUGGGUGGGUUUUCUUUUCUU